ACAGUCUACCUAUAUAUCGCAGAAUAACUUGAAAUUAUGUAACUGCUUGACGAACGAGGUAUAGAGCGUACGUUGGCGAUCAGCUGAAGUUCCCUUAAGCAUAGUGAGCCAGCUAAACAUAAACUGUUUAUUAUAUUCACGCUGUCUGGAGAGUAUAAUUUGGGAUUUAAACAAAAUAAUGUUGUGAAUAUGUUUCUUUAACGUUGCUUGGCUUACGUAUUUUUGUGUUUAUAAGGCGAGCCGUUUGUGAAUAUGAGUACUUACUAAUUUAUAGUUUAGAUGAAGCAGGAUGAAGCGGAUUCUUUGUUUUUUGAUUAAUUGCUGUAUUUUGACCAUCGUUUUUAAAGUUAAUGGUCAGACUCCUUCACCUCAAUCAAAUUUUACAUGUCCAUAUGGCAUGUUUAAAUGUAAGAAUGGUUUGGAAUGCGUUCCUACCAAUCAAGUCUGUAAUCGUCGAAAAGACUGCAGUGACAGAAGCGACGAAAAGGGCUGCAUGUUACCUUAUGAAAGGUGCUGGUCGUGGCAACCGGUUUGUUUGGCAAAUGGAACUUGUGCGCCAAGCUACUUUCAAUGCAACAACGGGAAAUGCAUUCGGUUUGAUCUUGCCUGUGAUCGAAAAGACAACUGCGGCGACCGUUCAGAUGAGAUAAGAGCGAAACCAGGAUUAAAAUGCAUCUUUGGAAACAGCAGUGAUACUUGUGUAUUGCCCCAGCGUUAUGUCAAUGAUAGUACCGUAGAUUGCUCCGAUGAAGCGGACUCCUGUACCAACUCUAGGAAUGAGAAUACGUGCUUUAAAUGCUUCGACGGCAGAGCAAUUAUUUCAAAUCGUCAGGUUUGCGACGGAGUGUUCGACUGUUUCGACCUUUCGGACGAAUGCUUGUGUGAAAAAACUAUUGAGGCCAAUACGACUGCGGAUAUUUGUUCCCAAGUUUGCGUGGGAGGACGACAGGGAUGCAGACGCGGAACUUUUAAGUGUGAUGAACGGCAGAAUGCUUCGAUCAGAAUUACCGACGUUUGCAAUGGAAAGUUGGAGUGUCCAGAUGGUAGAGACGAGAGAUAUUGCCGAAAACUUGCUUCAUCCGAAGUUAUAACGUGUCCGGGGGAUAGAGUAAAUAGAAGCAAGCUGACUGCAUUUAAAUGCGACGGAAUACCUGAAUGUUAUGAUCUUAGUGACGAGUGCGGGGGAGUUUGUGAGACGGAACAGGCGUUCUGUGAGUUUCGAAAAACUUUUCUGCAAUCUACGAUGCUGGAAUAUAACUGUAGUAACGGAAUAAGGAUUGCGACGAACGAAAUAUGCAAUGGUUUUUGGUCGAGGUGUGAACCAAGGGUGGAAUUCGAAGAAUCGCAAUGCCCCGGCCGGUUUAAAUGCAAAAGCGGCAGGUUCGUGAGCAUUGACCGAAGUCUUGUUUGUAACGGAUACAGAAACUGUGACGAUGGGUCAGAUGAGUUAAACUGCAAAGACCGAUUCUAUUGCACAACCGGCCAGCGCCCUACGUCAGUUCCUACGUGGUUCCGUUUCGAUGAUUUUAGCGACUGUGAUGACGGAAGUGACGAAUGCCCUCCAGCUCUGAAAAAUAGCAUAAUAUCAUCCAGAAAUGAAAUGAUCAGCAAUGGAUUUCUGCGAGCGUGGCUUUGGAUUAUGGCAAUAAUCGCACUUUCCGGCAACGCAUACGUGAUAUGCAAAACCUGCUUGAAAUAUGAAAAGCUUAAAACCUGUUCGGCGAUCGCGAAGGGGAACUAUUUUCUCAUAUUUAACCUGGCUUUGUCCGAUUUUUUAAUGGGUGUCUAUCUUGCCGUUGUUGCUGGGUAUUCAGUGUCAUUUUCCGGUAAAUACUGCUUUGAAGACGAGGGAUGGCGUACUGGUACGACGUGUGCCUAUCUUGGGGCUCUCUCAGUCACGUCCAGCGAGGCUUCCCUUUUUAUUUUAUCGGUUUUGACCGCGAUGAGAUUAUACACCAUUUUAUUUCCAUGGCGGUCAAGGAACAUCAGCCUAGUACAAGUAUUAAUUGCAGUUAUUAUUGCGUGGGCCGUUGCAGUUACUCUUGCCGUCUUGCCUCUCGGUGCAUACUUUUCCGAAAUCGUAACGGAAGGUGCAUGGCUACCAAGCAAGUUCUUUAACUCGACUGUCGUGCGCUUAAAUCAAGCAAGAACCUUCACAGAUCAAGUUGGCUUGUAUACACGCAACUCCACACCGUUAGUGAUGUACGCCAACGGCAGUGUUACGUGGUCAUCUGUCCGCGCCUAUUUAAACAUGUACAGUCCAGAUAAUACUAUACAAGGAUUGUAUGGGUACUACUCCCGCAGCAGCGUAUGCUUGUCAAAGUUCUUCGUAAGAUCAAAUGCAAGUGGUUGGCAGUUCGCUAUCGUCAUUGUUUCCGUAAACUUUCUGCUGUUCCUGUUUAUAGCAGGUUCAUAUUUAGUCAUUUAUAAACACUCAAACACGACCAAACCAACGAAGAGCACGGAAAAAGACCGCGCUGCAAAAAUGCAGAGUAAGAUCAUCAAGCUGGUAGCUACAGACUUCACGUGUUGGGUUCCAAUCUGUAUAAUGUCGUUCAUGCACUUUUCACGUAUCGUGACGAUAACUGACACUGGGUAUAUUGUCACAGCGGUGGUUCUACUACCUAUCAAUAGCGUCCUGAAUCCUCUACUAUAUUCCAAUGUCUUUGAGAAACUGUGGAGGCGCAUCAAGCCACUAGGUAAAACAAUGGUCAGUGGCAUUAUGUGUCAGCACUGUCGUGGAAAGCAACAAUCUGAGUUUAUUGAACUCAAGACCCCUGGUACUUCUCUAGUCGCGUUGCCAGGCAGCAGUAAGCAAAGUACAUUGGAAGUGUAAAUCUCAACAGCAGGACGUCCCAGAUAAUGUGUUUUUAGAUCGCGUUUAUAAAAUGCGGAACUUGUUAUUUAAAAGCGUUGUUCAUUUGUGUAUAUACAUUGCCCGCCUUCACGUAGAAUUACACAUAAUAUGAUGUGGUAAGAUGGCCAUGUUUUUCAUUCUCUCGACCCCACAACAAUAAACAAGUUUAUGGCAAUUGUCCGCUUAAUAUAGAAGACGUAGCUUUAGGACUAUUUUCUAAUUAGUUGUUGCGAUAAUCGAACGAAGGUGCAACAUUAGGAACAUAAAAUAAAUAAAUAAUUUAUACCUUGCGAGUAUAGCUGUGUUAAUUAUAGUUGCCGGUUGGCGUUAUGCUUUAACGGGUUUUAUUCGUGGACAUAAAACAAGGAUUAUAUUAGAUCAAAAUAGACAGCGGGUAUUUCGAACUGGUCAUUCCCUCAUGACGUAUGUCGCAUUUAGUUGCGUCAGCGUUUGUAUGUAUAUGAGCAAUGUAUGAUUCACGUCGUCGCUUAACUUUACAUGCAGGACCAAUAGAAUCGUGUCUCGGUAUACCAAAAAGGAACAGGUCUUUCUCAUAUUAACUAGCCUUUCGUUUUUACUGGGCGUUUGUAACCGGAUAUAAGACUGUGGUCACCCAAGCAAGCGAUAACACCUGCUGCCGUUUGUCAGAUAGUGUUAGCAAUAGCUGGAUGGUUUACCAAGAUAAGUUAAGUUGAAUUGUUUCUUUAGUUUGUUUCAAGGGCCCCCCCCUUUUAUUGGUAGAUUUUAUACGUCGUGGGCUUAUAAAUUUUUUUGGGCCUGCUAUGAACUUUAUACAAGGACGGACGAAGGCGGUGUUUCUGGUCUAUUUUAUCGGUGUGUGUGCUGUAACAGCUAACGUUCUUUGUCCACCCGACCAGUUUCAGUGUAACAGCGGUCAAUGUAUCGCGUUAAAAAGUUUCUGUGACUCUGUCGAAGACUGUUUGGAUGGAAGCGAUGAAGUUCGUCAUUUAGCUGGCUUUAAAUGCCCUGUUGGGACAAAUAGAAGGACCUGUGUACUUCCACAGCACCACGUAACAGAUAACGUAACACAGUGUAAUGACGACCUUGACAUUUGUGUUGGUAAUAAUGGAAUAAACCGCUGUAAUAAAUGCUUAACAGGAAAUACCAGCGUAAGCAAUAUACAACUUUGCGACGGAAUUUUCGACUGCCCUGACCUCUCAGAUGAGUGCCUUUGUGACGUCACAGAAGCGAUUAUCGUGUGCAACCGGCUGGAAUUGGGUUCUCUUUUUAAAUGUGACAAACAAAAGUCAAUCUUUCUACACCAAGUUUGUGACGGUGUGUUGGACUGUGCGGACUUCUCUGAUGAAUUA